AUGGACCUUAAACAAGAAUUGGAAUUGAGCGAUACCAAGAGUCUGGUGUCGAAACGGCCUCGUUGGAAGUCUAAGCUCGUUAUUGGCGGUGCUGUUACAGCAGUUUUGCUGCUAGGUGCAGUGGUGUCUAUGGCUGUGUAUUUUUCGCUGACCGCCAAACAGAAGUCAGCUCGUUUGGUAGAAGUUGAUCUGAAUGAGGGCGAAACGCUUACGUAUCAAGUGGACCAACACAUCCAGCUGCAAGGAAGCGAUGUACAAAAAGGUGAAUCUUUUUCAUUUAUACUUGGCUUAUAUCUACCUUAUUCUAAAGUUAAUGAAGUAUAUUCCGUAAAAGUCUUUUUUGUGCAGUUCUUCUUAAUUCUUCAAUAGCAUAUAAACUUUUUGAUUAACUGUCUAUUAAAGGAAAAGUGUUUAUAUUCGAGGCGGCCCAAUGGCGUGGAUUGGAUGGGUCGUGUUAAUCUCAAAAUCGUCAUCCUCAUCAUUAGGGUCUUUAAGCUCCAGCGACGAGACGGCAACGAGAUGGAAUUUGCGUUCUUUUAGUCUUUAUCGCGAUUAUUCCUACCCACUUACUUUGUCAAAUGUAGGCGAACCCUCCUGGAGUUGAAUUCCUAGGCACCAUAUCCAAGUUCAGAAAGAGAAAUUAAAUUUCGUCGUUGCUUGUUUACGUCCUCCAUAAAACGCGAAAUUAGGAAUCUUCACGUCGUGGUCGUGCAAAAAUGGGAAAAGAAAUGUACAAAAAAGUGUGAUGCACGUGCAAGGUUCUUGUUUUGGUAAUAGAAACUAUUUUUUUUUGACGUUCUCCUUGCCGUCCGCGUCGUUGGAUCAUAAAGUCCCUAUCAUCAUCAUCAUCAUCAUCAUCAUCAUCAUCAUCAUCAUCAUCAUCAUCAUCAUCAUCAUCAUUAUCAUUGUCAUUGUCAUCACUAUCAUCCUUAUCUUCUAUAUAUUGGCCUAAUUGCACUAACGUUGACAUAAAAAUCAGGAAUUUAUUAGCCAAGCAAAUAACACGUUUUGAUAUUUUUUUUAAAUCCUGAUAUCAAUUUGGCAGUGAAGGUGUAAUACUUCUUGACAUUUUUCUUCGUACUUUUUCGCAGUAACCAUCCGUGCGAUAGUGGGCAUCCGGGUUCUCAACAAGACUUCUGAGGAGUACUGGUUCCUAAUGAAAUUCAAGUUGUCCCUAUUGGGUGAAAAUCCGGCCAUGAAGGAGCAAAACAUAAUGACAGACUACUUUCUAGUUCGACUCCAGAUUGCCUCAAGGUAAAAGUAGUUGAAACUUACCAAAUCAAAUUUUCAUUCAACGCUAACUUUUUAUUUGCAGACUCAAUUUUUUACUGUUAUUCACAACAACACCACAAAACGUGAAAAGAAAUCUUCGACGGCUUUUAGGAUGUAGAGUUCGGAAAUUUUUUCUCUUGACGGUGAUACAACUGUGAUUCUCCUCGUCUCAUGUAAGAGAUUACGGAUUUCGGAAUCCGGGAAAAUUUUGCUUGUGAAAUCUGGAAUCCAGGGCUUUGGAAUCUGGAAUACAGCUCAAGGAAUCCGGAAUCCCACUGACGAUUGAAAUCCGGCUGAUCCAAGUUCCACUGACAAACAAUGGGAUCCAUUUCCUGGAAUCCGGAAUUCACAGCGUGGAAUCUUCAGUGCACGUUCCUAAUGAAUUUUUUUCCUAGUGUGAAUUUUCUACGAUCGCCGGGUUGAAUCGCCCAGAAAACUGCCUGAAACAAACUAAAGUGAUAACUGUCCUUUCAAGUAGAUUUUGAUUUUCAAAUCGUCUUUUUUGAAACAUCGCUCACACUUCUUUGCUAUCUCCUUGGCUGACUUGUUACCAAUUUUUGAUUUUAGGCCAAUAAGCCCCGCAAGAAACAAAACCAGCGAGUCAUUUGAAGUUUUCGGGCCUCGAGACCUUCAUCCCGAUCUUCUCCGUGAAGUAUACAGCAUUUUAGAGCAACUACUUCCAGCCGUGCAACGAAACCUUUACGAAGAUGUUGACGGACAGAAAGCGGCAGAUUCGAAUUCACCCGAUUAUGAAGAAUCUCCUUUGCUUCCUUGCUCUGUUAAAAUGCACCGACAGGCAGUCACAUCAGACAAGAACGUAGUUCUUAUCAGGAAUCAUUUUGACCGGGCAGAUUUUAAAGACUUGUCCUCCGAAAUUGAUUUAGAUUUGAAAUACUCUGAUUCGGCGUUCAUUAACAAGAGCAAUGGAAUGAUCACAGAGAGCCGUUCUUAUUUUUCAGAAGAGUUGAAUUUCGGGGAACCAAUUCAUAGUAAUAGCAGUUCUGAUGUUAGAUCUUUGAAAGUAGCUAUGAAAAGCCUGGUUACCAUCAUUGAAUUACCAAACUACUUCGAACAGGCGGAAUCCGAAAGAGUAAAAGUCCACCUUUUCACAAGCCUCUCUCUUCCUAAGUCUAAGAGCACUUUUUCUGUUAAAGAAACUCGAAAAGUGCCAACAGGCCAAGCGGUUUCUAAUUUAACCCUAACACCAUCGGAGAAUCCUUUGGCGAACCAAACGUACCAUUCAACCAACUCGUCGAGCAUUCUUCUUACACGAUCCCGACGAUCGACGAACUUAGCGUUCGAUUCCUCUUCCACACUGUUUCAAAAGAGGAUACUCGGGAUAAACGUAAAGGCCAUCGCAAAGUAUAAGGUACAAGAAGGCGUAAGCGUGAGGGAGACUGUCGUUCUUCAUAUUGGAAGAUUUGACACAGAAUUAAUUGACGAGGAGUACACAUGGAGUCAAUUACAGAGGCAACAACCUUCUCGUAGCUCAUAUUCUUGGAGCAAAACCAUAGUAAGUGCAUGUUCUCUUUCUUGGUAUACUUUCAUUAAGAGGAUAUUAACUAAGUUGUCUUUCAAAAUUUAACCAGUACUAGUCAAUCCUCAAAGAUAAUUAGUCGCGCGCGUGACUUACAAUCAAGACAAUUUUGGCAAGGAAUUUUGAUAUGUAAUAGAGGAUUCUUUCCACUGGUCAAGAGAGGAUAAACCUCUCUUGACUAUGGUUCAAUACUAGACAAGAGAUUGCUUCACUGUCAGGUUGGAAGAGUCUAAUUGUCGCUGGUACGUUAUGAGCUACAGAUAGUUGAUCUCCAUCGAGCAAAUUUUUGUGCGUAUUCUUACAUUUUCAGUUUAGUCAGUAAUUCGAUUAUUUCGUCUUCGGGUAACCGUGAACGAUUUCUCCAUUUCCUUGUGUUCACCAAAGCCAAAAUAACGUACCAGGCUGCCUCGCCUCUGCCUGAAAACGAGGUGGCCAGUGUGUAUUGGGGCAACAUAUUGUUCCCUGACUAAGAUAGAGGGGCCAAUAACUAAAAUCAACCAAUCAGAUUGCUCCAAUAACGGUCUAAUGUUUCCUAAGUAUUAGACCAGGCCAGUUGAAUCACUGAAAUAACAUAAUUGUAUUCUUCCUCCUAAAUGGCUUUUUAUCCAUUCUAGUAAAUCUUUUCUGAUUCGAAAGUUACUUUCAAGUUUUUGCAAUAAGAUCUCGUGUGACCAAGAGAGAAUUCUCUUGAUGUGACACACUGUUAAAGGGUUUCUAAAAGUCCACAAAAGCCGCCACCAAAACGCUGCCUUUCUCCAUACCUAGUAAGAGUUCCGGGGAGUCCCCUCGUCUAUAAGCCCAUUGCUUGUCAGUAAUCAGCUUAUUGGCCUCCAAAACAUGCUGCACCAGUCUGAAGUUAAUUUCUGCUUCGAAAAUUUUACUCAGACCGCUCAGAACGGAGACUGAUUUAUAUAUAAUAGCCACAGUCUGUCUCGUCCCAUAAUAUUUAUACAAGAGUAAUUUAAAAGUGUAGCCAUUGUUUUAGUCUGAAAACUUGUAAAACUUUUAUUAUAUAGGCCCCUCUUCCACGAGAGAAAACUACCCUUCGUUCGGUACUGUAGCUGACACAAUAGUAUUCCCUGCCAGCCAUAGUCGGAAAAUGUUUUAGUAGAAAGCUGGUAGAAAGGGACGGCUCAGCAGCCAAAAAGUCAAUUGUACAGUAGAAAGCGCCGCGACUAAGAAGCUGGUUUUUUUAAAAAAUAAUGUUACUCUAAGCAGUACAUAGGAAGGUCAAAUACAGAAACGGAACAAGAUUUAAUCAUGGGUUUUAAAGCCUGUUAGGCUAAAAUUUACAAGUUAGGCCCCCUGUAUACAAGAACCUUUUUAUCCUAAAAUUUGAAACGGGCUCUUAUUUUCUAAAAUAUAUAUAAAAAAAUUUACAAUUGGGCGAAUACGAUAAGUCAAAAUUCAGAAUCCUCUUUGAAGACAUAGGUGUCUUAACACUCCAACUGCAAUGUAAUGGUAUGCAGAUUUUAUGUAAGGAAUAAGCUGAAUAUACCAUGCACUAAAUACUCCUUAGCUUUAAUGUAUUGUUUUCUUUAGAAAAUAAGAAUCUGUUCAUCAAGAACCAACGAUUUACCAUUUAUGUAAGAACCUGUUACCGCUACUAUUUUUUCUACACUUACUAUUACUAAGUGUGCUUAAGGCAUUUGCGUUUAUUUUUUCUCAUCACAGGACAUUGGAAUUCCUGUACUUGCCUUCAGCCUUGGGGCAUCCUUCAGCCUAGACUUUAAAGCCGGUUAUUCAGUAUCGUAUCCUAAGUCAGUGAGCUUUUCAAGCAUUAACUUUGCCGCGCAGGUAAAUUAUCUAGUAUUUAUCUGCUUGUACUGGACUACUCUUAGCUUAGUGGGCCCUAUUAAUUAAUGAAUUGUUUAUAAAGACGAAAAGUUAACAGUGGCCUUUAUCCCUCUCAUUGAAAAUUUAUUUUGAAAUACUAAAAUACUACUGCCGAUCACACCACCAUUUCACAACUGUGGCCGAUUUAGAGCAGUGCACCACAUAAAUUAACAGCGGCGAGGCCGGCGCCAUUUCUAGACGCUUCACGACCUACGUAGCAAGAGCCAAUUUUGCUCUGAAUCCUCUCAAAACUAGGUGGUUGUUGCGGCAAUAGGUACUCAAGCGUUAGAACACUGUACUUUACCAGUCAAUGUGGGGGAUUCCAUCCGAGUAUUUUAGGCUACUCAGUAGGUGCCUUCAAAGUUGACGGGCGAGAAGUCAAGUUAACGAUAAUCAAAGUAAUUUGAUCAUUUCAUUGCUUUUGUGAUUUUUUGACCAAGACAAAAUCUCUGGCAACGAUUUUCUUCUUUAUUAAUGACUGUUGAUUUCGUCUUCAGAUCAGGCCUUAUGCCGAAGCCACAGCUAGCAUUCAAGGAUACCUCUCUAUACUUCAUGUAAUCAGGGCCGGUGUGUCGGGAGAUGGGACCAUAGUUGAUGUUGGUUUGCCUAUGUCACUCUCCUUACAAGUACACCCCUAUAGACGGGUGUGUGCGACUGUGUCUGCCGACCUGACAGCAUUGAAGCUGACUGCUCGUGUUUACUAUCAGUUAUGUUACAUCAUUGGUUGUGGUUCACGGAAAACUCUUUUUAGGCUAGCGUCAUGGGAUGCAAUUAGAUGGAACAGGAAGCUCAUACAGAGCUGUGGUUAUCUCGUAUGA